AAAAUAAAAAAACAUUUGUUUUACAUUUCGGAUCCAAGGAAAUAAGCCAUUAUUGGCUUAAAUAAGCUUUAACGACUGCAAUCAUGAGCACCCCUCGCAAGAACUAUAACAACCUGCCGCCCUACUGCCCACAAGGCGGCCAGUACCCAUCGCAGUCCGCGGAUUACAGAGCGCAGCAAUUCGGUGGCCAGCAGAAGCCACAAAAUCCAAACGUUGGCUUCUACGAGGACAAACAGGGCCAGCAAAAUGUUCCUCAUUUCUACCAGAACAAAUCCCCACAGGAGCCGCAGCGCCAUCGGCCCUACGGUCAGGGCAGGAAUUUCGGACGCGGCGGCAGCUUCAAUCGCAGGAACCAACAGAACUGGGAUCAUCCGAGGAGCCACCAGAACAGGGAACAAAACCAGAGCGGCAGCUCCUUCGGCCAGUACUUUCAUCCCUCCAUGCUGGAGGAUCCUUGGCGGGAGCUAAUGGAACGGCACGAGGCCAUCCACGGACCCAGUACUAGCCGAACUUCACCGAAAGAGGUGGCGGCUUCCUAAAAUGUAGAAUACAACACUAAGAGCUAGUUAAGCCCUGUAGGAUAAUUUCCCCAAAGCAAAGAAAGAAUUUUAAUUUUAGCUUUCCGAUAUUAAACAAAAGAAUGUGUAAACAU